CUUGUUUAGGUGUCCCAGCUAAGUGAGAGCCCAGCCUGGGGUUAGUCUGCCUGUACACUGGGGGGGGAGAGGACUAAGAGUGAACGAGUGAACGAGUGAACGAGUGGACGAGCGGACGAGUGGAACGCCACAGAUUUAAGACACUGACGCUGGAGACGAGAGCUCAGUGAGAGAGCUGGGAAGAGAAACUGGGCAAAAGACAGACUCUGACAGAGAAUUGGAAGAGAGUCAUGCUUUUUCACAGACAAGGGAACCAGCUGUAAAAGACAAAAGGCGGUCUCCCCCCUCAGACAGGCCUCCGUCGGUCCCCCACCUCAGCCCCCACCACAGCCUCUGCGCUGAGGAGCAGGAGAGUCCGGAGAGAGUGGUACAGAAAGAGAAACUCCAUGCAGAGCUGAAACAGGUGUUAAGUCUGAAGAGAAGCCAACUGAGAGAGACGUCUCAUUCUACCCAAACAGAGAUGGACAGUCCACCCCAGAAAAGUGCCGCAGAGGAGGAGGAGAAGCCAACCUCUGAGCUGGUUGAGGUCGUUGUGGAAACGGAAGCUGAAGCAGGAGCCAGUGGAUACAGUGUGAUAGGUGGAGAGACUGGUAUCUUUGUCAAGGAAGUUCUGAGGGAUUCUCCGGCAGCUAAACAUUUGAGCCUCCAGCAGGGUGAUCAGCUGCUCAGUGCUAGAGUCUACUUCGACAAUGUGAGAUAUGAGGAUGCGCUCAAGAUUUUGCAGUGUGCAGAACCUUAUAAAGUCUCUUUCUUCCUGAAGCGGACGAUACCUCGCAAUGAAGUCACUGUGUAUCCAGGGGCAACCAGUGUUGACCUCAAAGGACCCAAAGCCAAAUUGCCCAAAAUGAGUGUCAAAAGCAUCAAACCCUUCAAGGCAAAGAAAAAAAGGGGAGGACGAUUUGGAUUAAAAAGGCUAAAGGAGAACAAACAGGUGAAAACUGGGGCAGACGUUGAUAUCGAGGGAUCUCCGGGCAGGCUGGAUCAGAAUCCUGUUGAUGUGGAAUUUGCAUUUCCAAAGUUCAAGCUGAAGAAAGGGGGCAAGGCUGCAGCAGAGGGAGCGGGGAAGGCACAGGGGGCGACAUCCAUGGGCAGGAAGAAGAGCAAGAUAAGGUUUCCCCGAAUGAGAGUCAAGAACGAAGCUGGAGGGGUGGGGCAUGUUGGCAUUGAUGCUGCAACACCACACAGUGAGGUAGACGUCUCUGGAGAUAAGAUCAAAGCAAAGGGAAAGGGGGAAAGAUUUGGCAUAACGAUCCCUAAAACCAAAAAAACAAAGGCAGAACGCCCUUCGUCGCAGGACACACUGGAAUUUAAACUCCCCAAGGGAAAAUUCAAGGUAUCUGGUUCUGGGUCGUCAUCGGCGGUGACGGUCAGCCCCCCUGAGGCAGAAAUGUCUGUCGGCUUGCCAUCUGGAAAGGGAGGAGCGGGCACCUCUGCGCCAGACUCAAGCUCUGGGGCCAAGCUGAGGAUGCCAAAGCUAAAGCUGCCCAAGGUCAGACUGUCUCGGCACUCCGAUGAGAUAGACGGAGCAGCCAAUAUUGAGGGUUCAGACAAAACGAAAGUGAAAAUGCCAGCGGUGGACAUGGGGGUUUCCAGUGGGAAGGCAAAAAUAUACAUGCCCGAUGUGGACAUAUCCCUGCCAUCAUUGGAAGCUGAUUCAGGUGAAAGAAAAGGUGAUGAGAUUGAUGGGACAUUUUUGACAGGGGCUAAAAUAAAAGCUCCACAAUUGGACAUUUCCAUUCCAAAACUACCUGAAGGUACUGGAAAGAUAAACCUCCCAGAUUUGGAUAUUUCUGUACCGAAGAUUCCACAAGUAGAUAUUUCACUCCCAAAGGGGAGAGCUGGAGGAGAUUAUGACGUUGAAUCAAGUGCUGGAGGAAAAAUCAAGAUGCCUACAAUAGAUGUUGCUCUUCCUACUUUAACGUCCGAUGUGGAGGGCCCUGGCGUAAAAGGAGGGAAAUUUCACAUGCCAUCAUUUGACAUCUCACUGCCAAAAGGCAAGGCAGAGGGAGAUAUUAAGAUUGACGGCCAAAAAGGAAAAGGAGGGAAAUUCAAAAUGCCAACAUGUGAUAUUUCACUAAUGUCAUCUCCAGAAUGUGAAACUGAAAUGAAGGGGCCAAACGUGAAAGGAGGCAAGUUCCACAUGCCAUCAGUAGAUAUCUCUCUCCCAAAAGGACAUUUAGAAGGAGAUGUUGAUGUGAAUGCAAAGACAAAAGGUGGCAAAUUCAAGAUGCCCACUUUUGAUGUUUCCCCCCCAAAACUGAAAUCUCCAGAAGGUAAAAUUGAUGUUGAAGGCCCUGAAGUCAAAGGUGGAAAGUUUAACAUGCCAUCAGUAGAUAUCUCUCUUCCAAAGGGGAGUGCAGGAGAUGUGGAAAUGGAUGCCAACAUGAAAGGAGGAAAGUUCAAGAUGCCCACUUUUGAUGUUUCCCUUCCAAAAAUAAAAACUCCAGAGGGUCAAAUUGAUGUUGAAGGUCCUGAAAUGAAGGGUGGGAAGUUCCACAUGCCAUCAAUAGAUAUUUCUCUUCCAAAAGGACAUUUAGAAGGAGAUGUUGAUGUGGAUGCAAAGGCAAAAGGUGGCAAGUUCAAGAUGCCCACUUUUGAUGUUUCCCUUCCAAAAAUGAAAUCUCCAGAGGGUGGAAUUGACAUUGAGGGGCCAAAAAUGAAAGGUGGCAAGAUGAACAUGCCUACCAUAGACAUAUCUCUUCCAAAGGGGAGUAUUGAGGGUGAUUUUGAUGCCACUUCUAAAGGGGGGAAGUUUAAAAUGCCCACAGUAGACUUUACACUACCUAAAAUGAAAAUGCCAGAAGGCGAUAUGAACAUUGAAGGACCAGAGGUGGAAGGAGGGAAGAUCAGCAUGCCAACAUUUGACAUUUCACUUCCCAAACCCAGUGCUGAAGGAGAUGUUGAUAUGGAGGGGAAAAUGAAAGGGGGGAAAUUCAAGAUGCCAAACUUUGAUGUUUCUCUUCCAAAAAUGAAAUCUACAGAAGGUGAUGUUGAGGUUGAAGGACCUGAACUCAAGGGUGGGAAGUUUCACAUGCCAUCAAUUGACAUUUCACUUCCCAAAGGUAAAAUUGAAGGAGAUAUUGAUGUGAAUGCCAAAGCCAAAGGUGGCAAAUUCAAGAUGCCAACCUUUGAUGUUUCUCUUCCAAAAAUGAAAUCUACAGAAGGUGAUGUUGAGGUUGAAGGACCUGAACUCAAGGGUGGGAAAUUCAACAUGCCAUCUUUAGAUAUUUCACUUCCAAAAGGUAAUAUUAAAGGAGAUGUUGAUGUACAUGCCAAGACAAAAGGUGGAAAAUUUAAGAUGCCCACAUUUGAUGUUUCUCUACCAAAAAUGAAAUCUCCAGAAGGUGGAAUUGAGGUUGAGGGGCCUGGAAUGAAAGGUGGCAAGAUUAACAUGCCUACCAUAGACAUAUCUCUCCCAAAGGGUGGUCUUGAAGGUGAUAUUGAUGCCAAGACAAAAGGAGGGAAAUUCAAGAUGCCCACAUUCGAUGUUUCUCUUCCAAGCCUAAAAUCUCCAGAGGGAAAGAUUAAUAUGGAAGGCCCUGACAUCAAGGGUGGAAAAUUUAACAUGCCAUCUAUUGAUAUUUCUCUUCCAAAAGGAGGUGUGGAGGGAGAUGUUGAUGCAGAUGGCAAGACAAAAGGUGGAAAAUUCAAGAUGCCCACAUUUGAUGUUUCUCUACCAAAAAUGAAAUCUCCAGAAGGUGGAAUUGAUGUUGAAGGGCCUGAGUUCAAGGGUGGAAAGUUCAACAUGCCAUCAAUAGAUAUCUCUCUUCCAAAAGGACAUUUAGAAGGAGAUGUUGAUGUGGAUGCAAAGGCAAAAGGUGGCAAGUUCAAGAUGCCCACUUUUGAUGUUUCUCUUCCAAAAAUGAAAUCUCCAGAGGGUGGAAUUGAUAUUGAAGGUCCUGAAAUGAAGGGUGGCAAGUUCCACAUGCCAUCAAUAGAUAUUUCUCUUCCAAAAGGACACUUAGAAGGAGAUGUUGAUGUGGAUGCAAAGGCAAAAGGUGGCAAGUUCAAGAUGCCCACUUUUGAUGUUUCCCUUCCAAAAAUGAAAUCUCCAGAGGGUGGAAUUGACAUUGAGAGGCCGAAAAUGAAAGGUGGCAAGAUGAACAUGCCUACCAUAGACAUAUCUCUUCCAAAGGGGAGUAUUGAGGGUGAUUUUGAUGCCACUUCUAAAGGGGGGAAGUUUAAAAUGCCCACAGUAGACUUUACACUACCUAAAAUGAAAAUGCCAGAGGGUGAUAUGAACAUUGGUGGAUCAGAGGUGAAAGGAGGAAAGAUCAGCAUGCCAACAUUUGACAUUUCACUUCCCAAACCCAGUGCCGAAGGAGAUGUUGAUAUGGAGGGGAAAAUGAAAGGGGGGAAAUUCAAGAUGCCAAACUUUGAUGUUUCUCUUCCAAAAAUGAAAUCUACAGAAGGUGAUGUUGAGGUUGAAGGACCUGAACUCAAGGGUGGGAAGUUUCACAUGCCAUCAAUUGACAUUUCACUUCCCAAAGGUAAAAUUGAAGGAGAUAUUGAUGUGAAUGCCAAAGCCAAAGGUGGCAAAUUCAAGAUGCCCACAUUUGAUGUUUCUCUUCCAAAAAUGAAAUCUCCAGAAGGUGGAAUUGAGGUUGAGGGGCCUGAAAUGAAAGGUGGCAAGAUGAACAUGCCUACCAUAGACAUAUCUCUCCCAAAGGGUGGUCUUGAAGGUGAUAUUAAUGCCAAGACAAAGGGAGGGAAAUUCAAGAUGCCCACAUUUGAUGUUUCUCUACCAAGCCUAAAAUCUCCAGAGGGAAAGAUUAAUAUGGAAGGCCCUGACGUCAAGGGUGGAAAAUUUAACAUGCCAUCUAUUGAUAUUUCUCUUCCAAAAGGAAGUGUGGAGGGAGAUGUUGAUGCAGAUGGCAAGGUUAGAGGAGGAAAAUUCAAGAUGCCCACAUUUGAUGUUUCCCUUCCAAAAAUGAAAUCUCCAGAGGGAGAAAUUGAAGGCCCUGAGUUCAAGGGUGGAAAGUUCAACAUGCCAUCAAUAGAUAUCUCUCUUCCAAAAGGACAUUUAGAAGGAGAUCUUGAUGUGGAUGGAAAGGCAAAAGGUGGCAAGUUCAAGAUGCCCACUUUUGAUGUUUCCCUUCCAAAGAUGAAAUCUCCAGAAGGUGGAAUUGAGGUUGAGGGGCCUGAAAUGAAAGGUGGCAAGAUUAACAUGCCUACCAUAGACAUAUCUCUCCCAAAGGGUGGUCUUGAAGGUGAUAUUAAUGCCAAGACAAAGGGAGGGAAAUUCAAGAUGCCCACAUUUGAUGUUUCUCUACCAAGCCUAAAAUCUCCAGAGGGAAAGAUUAAUAUGGAAGGCCCUGACGUCAAGGGUGGAAAAUUUAACAUGCCAUCUAUUGAUAUUUCUCUUCCAAAAGGAAGUGUGGAGGGAGAUGUUGAUGCAGAUGGCAAGGUUAGAGGAGGAAAAUUCAAGAUGCCCACAUUUGAUGUUUCCCUUCCAAAAAUGAAAUCUCCAGAGGGAGAAAUUGAAGGCCCUGAGUUCAAGGGUGGAAAGUUCAACAUGCCAUCAAUAGAUAUCUCUCUUCCAAAAGGACAUUUAGAAGGAGAUCUUGAUGUGGAUGGAAAGGCAAAAGGUGGCAAGUUCAAGAUGCCCACUUUUGAUGUUUCCCUUCCAAAGAUGAAAUCUCCAGAAGGUGGAAUUGAGGUUGAGGGGCCUGAAAUGAAAGGUGGCAAGAUUAACAUGCCUACCAUAGACAUAUCUCUCCCAAAGGGUGGUCUUGAAGGUGAUAUUAAUGCCAAGACAAAGGGAGGGAAAUUCAAGAUGCCCACAUUUGAUGUUUCUCUACCAAGCCUAAAAUCUCCAGAGGGAGAAAUUGAAGGCCCUGAGUUCAAGGGUGGAAAGUUCAACAUGCCAUCAAUAGAUAUCUCUCUUCCAAAAGGACAUUUAGAAGGAGAUCUUGAUGUGGAUGGAAAGGCAAAAGGUGGCAAGUUCAAGAUGCCCACUUUUGAUGUUUCCCUUCCAAAGAUGAAAUCUCCAGAAGGUGGAAUUGAGGUUGAGGGGCCUGAAAUGAAAGGUGGCAAGAUUAACAUGCCUACCAUAGACAUAUCUCUCCCAAAGGGUGGUCUUGAAGGUGAUAUUAAUGCCAAGACAAAGGGAGGGAAAUUCAAGAUGCCCACAUUUGAUGUUUCUCUACCAAGCCUAAAAUCUCCAGAGGGAAAGAUUAAUAUGGAAGGCCCUGACGUCAAGGGUGGAAAAUUUAACAUGCCAUCUAUUGAUAUUUCUCUUCCAAAAGGAAGUGUGGAGGGAGAUGUUGAUGCAGAUGGCAAGGUUAGAGGAGGAAAAUUCAAGAUGCCCACAUUUGAUGUUUCCCUUCCAAAAAUGAAAUCUCCAGAGGGAGAAAUUGAAGGCCCUGAGUUCAAGGGUGGAAAGUUCAACAUGCCAUCAAUAGAUAUCUCUCUUCCAAAAGGACAUUUAGAAGGAGAUCUUGAUGUGGAUGGAAAGGCAAAAGGUGGCAAGUUCAAGAUGCCCACUUUUGAUGUUUCCCUUCCAAAGAUGAAAUCUCCAGAAGGUGGAAUUGAGGUUGAGGGGCCUGAAAUGAAAGGUGGCAAGAUUAACAUGCCUACCAUAGACAUAUCUCUCCCAAAGGGUGGUCUUGAAGGUGAUAUUAAUGCCAAGACAAAGGGAGGGAAAUUCAAGAUGCCCACAUUUGAUGUUUCUCUACCAAGCCUAAAAUCUCCAGAGGGAAAGAUUAAUAUGGAAGGCCCUGACGUCAAGGGUGGAAAAUUUAACAUGCCAUCUAUUGAUAUUUCUCUUCCAAAAGGAAGUGUGGAGGGAGAUGUUGAUGCAGAUGGCAAGGUUAGAGGAGGAAAAUUCAAGAUGCCCACAUUUGAUGUUUCCCUUCCAAAAAUGAAAUCUCCAGAGGGUGGAAUUGAUGUUGAAGGGCCUGAGUUUAAGGGUGGAAAGUUCAACAUGCCAUCAAUAGAUAUCUCUCUUCCAAAAGGACAUUUAGAAGGAGAUCUUGAUGUGGAUGCAAAGGCAAAAGGUGGCAAGUUCAAGAUGCCCACUUUUGAUGUUUCCCUUCCAAAAAUGAAAUCUGCAGAGGGUGGAAUUGAUGUUGAAGGCCCUGAGUUCAAGGGUGGAAAGUUCAACAUGCCAUCAAUUGACAUUUCCCUUCCCAAAGGACAUUUAGAAGGAGAUCUUGAUUUGGAUGCAAAGGCAAAAGGUGGCAAGUUCAAGAUGCCCACUUUUGAUGUUUCCCUUCCAAAAAUGAAAUCUGCAGAGGGUGGAAUUGAUGUUGAAGGCCCUGAGUUCAAGGGUGGAAAGUUCAACAUGCCAUCAAUUGACAUUUCCCUUCCCAAAGGACAUUUAGAAGGAGAUCUUGAUUUGGAUGCAAAGGCAAAAGGUGGCAAGUUCAAGAUGCCCACUUUUGAUGUUUCCCUUCCAAAGAUGAAAUCUCCAGAGGGUGGAAUUGAUGUUGAAGGCCCUGAGUUCAAGGGUGGAAAGUUCAACAUGCCAUCAAUUGACAUUUCCCUUCCCAAAGGGAAUGUUAAAGCAGAUGUUGAUAUGGAUGUGCAUGCUGAAGGAAAAGGUGGCAAAUUCAAGAUGCCAACAUUUGGUGUUUCCCUUCCAAAACUGAAAUCUCCUGAGGGACAAAUUGACAUUGAGGGACCUGAAGUUAAAGGUGGCAAGAUAAACAUGCCAUCUCUAGACAUAUCUCUCCCAAAGGGGAGUGUUGAAGGCAAUGCCAAGAAAAAAGGUGGAAAAUUCAAGAUGCCAAAAAUCCAUUUUUCACUGCCAAAAAUGAAAAAGCCAGAAGGGGAGAUAAGUAUUAAGGGGCCCAAGGUUGAAGGAGGCAAGAUCUGCAUGCCAAAAACUGAUAUUUGUCUACCUACAGGUAGUGCUGAGGUAGAUGUUGAUAUGGAGGGAAAAGCUAAAGGUGGAAAGUUCAAGAUGCAGACUUUUGAUGUUUCCCUUCCUAAAUUGAAUUCGCCAGAGGGAAAGUUUGAUGUCAAAGGUCCUGAAUUCAAGGGAGGAAAGUUCAACAUGCCAUCAAUUGACAUCUCACUUCCAAAAGGUAGUGUUGAGGGAGAUCUUGAUGCGAAUGCUGAAGGAAAAGGAGGCAAAUUCAAGAUGCCAACAUUUGAUAUGUCUCUUCCAAAAUUCAAAUCCUCUGAAGGUAAAAUUGAUGUUGAAGGCCCUGAAGUCAAAGGUGGAAAGUUUAACAUGCCAUCAGUAGAUAUCUCUCUUCCAAAGGGGAGUGCAGGAGAUGUGGAAAUGGAUGCCAACAUGAAAGGAGGAAAAUUCAAAAUGCCCACAUUUGAUGUUUCCCUCCCAAAACUGAAAACCCAAGAGGGUCAAAUUGAUGUUGCAGGUCCUGAAAUGAAGGGUGGCAAGUUCCACAUGCCAUCAAUAGAUAUUUCUCUUCCAAAAGGACAUUUAGAAGGAGAUCUUGAUGUGGAUGCAAAGGCAAAAGGUGGCAAAUUCAAGAUGCCCACUUUUGAUGUUUCUCUUCCAAAAAUGAAAUCUCCAGAGGGUGGAAUUGACAUUGAGGGGCCAAAAAUGAAAGGUGGCAAGAUGAACAUGCCUACUAUAGACAUAUCUCUCCCAAAGGGGAGUACUGAUGGCAAUAUUGAUGGCAAAGCUAAAGGUGGAAAAUUGAAAAUGCCCACAGUUGACAUCUCACUACCGAAAAUGAAAAAGCCUGAGGGUGGAAUAAACAUUGAAGGACCAGAGGUUGAAGGAGGGAAGAUCAGUCUGCCAACAAUUGAUAUUUCACUUCCCAAAGGCAGUGUUGAGGGAGAUGCUGAUAUGGACGGAAAAGUGAAAGGUGGAAACUUCAAGAUGCCGACAUUUGAUGUCUCCCUUCCAAAAUUCAAAUCUCCAGAAGGAAAAUCUCCAGAAGGCCCUGAACUAAAGGUUGGAAAGUUUAACAUGCCAACAAUAGAUAUCUCACUUCCAAAAGGGAGUGUGGAGGGAGAUGUGGAUGCCAAAGCAGGAGGGAAAUUGAAGAUGCCCACAUUCGACGUUUCACUCCCUAAACUGAAAACUCCAGGAGGUCAAAUUGAUAUUGAAGGGCCUGACAAAAGAGGUGGGAAGUUCCAUAUGCCAUCAAUAGAUAUUUCUCUCCCAAAAGGGAGUGGCAAAGGGGACGGAGAUCUGGAUGUAGAAAUGAAAGGUGGAAAGUUUAAAAUGCCCACAUUCGAUAUAUCAUUGCCAAACACACCCUUCACUGCAGGUUCGGCUACCUUACAAGGACCUGGAAUUAAAGGAGGAAAUGUUAAAAUACCAAGUGCGGACAUUGCACUUCCCUCUGGAGAGGCCAAGUUUGGAGUGGAUGGCUCACUUGACAAAAGCGCUGGAUUAAUAUCCCCAAAUACAACUGCUGAUGGACAUGCAAGUAGCACCAUCAAGCUUCCAAAUGUGAAGAUACCAACAGUUAAUAUAUCUGCACCCAAAGUUGACUUUGGUCUUUCAAAAUCAAAAUGCAAUGACAGAGAGGACAUUGAACUUCUGAAGGCUGAAGGGGGUAGACCAUCCUCUGGUGGCAGUUUUGAAGUUCCUGAUGUUACCCUGAAAAUGCCAAAGUUUUCCCUCCCCAAAUUUAGUGGAAAAUCCAAAAGUGGAGAUAUCGACUUGGAAGGGCGUGGUGCAACACCAGAGGUGGAUGUUGAGGGUAGAUCUCCAUCAGCUGAAGUAGACCAUGAUAUCAAAUUGAAAGGAAAAAUUAAAAAGCCUAAAAUUAAAAUGCCAUUUUUUGGAUCAUCUAAGAAGGAUGUGGAGAUUAAAGUCACUGGUCCAGGAGGGAAAAAGGAAAGAGAGGCAGACAUUAAAAUGCCAUCUCUUGAGAUAUCCUUGCCAUCAUCGAAAACGCCAGAACAUGAAGUUCUGCUCCCCAAGACUGAGGUAGAUGUGUCUGAGGCAGAUAUUAGAGGCUAUGAGGGUACUUUGAAAAUACCAAAAAUGCCCACCAUUGAUAUAUCUUUACCUAAAGUUGAUCUGGAUGUUGCCCUGCCCAAACUGAAACAUGAGGCAUCAGCUGAAUCAGGCACACAUCUGAACAUAGAGGGAGGAGAAGGACAAAACAAAUUCAAGAUGCCAAAAAUGAAAGUGCCAUCAGUUGACAUAUCACUUCCAAAAGGAAGAUUGGGAGGUGCUGGAGCAGAGGUUGAAGGAGAGGGUGGAAAAAUUAAGUUUCCUAACAUUAAAAGGCCAACAAUAGACAUAUCUCUUCCAAAAGGAAAAUCCAGUGAUAUUAAUACAUCAGAAUUUGAACUUGAGGGACAGGGUGGACAAUUCAAAAUGCCACAUAUCAAGAUGCCAAGCGUUGAUGUAUCACUCCCGAAAGGAAAAUCUGUGGACGUUAAUGCACCAGACGUAGAAGUUAAAGGAGAUGGUGGGAAAUUCAAGAUGCCCAGUGUUAAGAUGCCUGUUGUUGACAUAUCAUUUCCCAGAGGACACACAGGGUACGUCGAGGCACCCGAGGUAGAAGUAAAAGGAGAGGGAGGGAAAUUCAAGAUGCCAAAUAUUACUAUGCCAACGCUUGAUGUAUCUCUCCCAAAGGGGAAAUCCGGUCAGAUUGAUGCAAAUUUGGAGAUUGAAGGAGAAGGCGGGAAAGUCAAAAGGCCAGACAUUAAGAUGCCAAAGGUGGAUAUAUCACUUCCAAAAGGAAAAUCUGCCGACAUUAAAAUACCAGGAGUAGAACUGGGCGUAGAGGGCGGAAAAUUAAAAAUGCCAGAUAUCAAGAUGCCAGCGAUUGAUGUGUCACUACCAUCAGCAAAGGGAGAAGGCAAAUUUACAAUGCCCUCUGUUGAGGUGCCCACUCUCCCAAGACCUGAUCUAGACAUAACAUUUGGGAAGCAGAAACAAGGUGAACUACGUGGAGAGGAAGAGGCUUCUGUUAGCAAAGAUGGAGAGCACAGAGGCUUAAAACUCAAAAUGCCAACAAUUGACAUCCAAGCCCCCAAAGGUGACCUGGAGCUGAAUAUUGGAUUGCGGAAAGGUGAAAGAAAAAAGGAGAACAAGAAAACGGAACUACCUGGCAUAGAACUUAAUCCCUCUGUGCCCCAAGGCAAAGUGAAAGGGCCAAAAAUGAAAGGCACAAAAUUCAAAAUUGGCAUGCCAAAAAUGAAAAACACCAGUUCAGAGAUUGAUGUCAAACCAGAGAAGGAAGAGGAGGAGGGAAUAAGCGGACGAUUUAAAAUCAAGAAGACAAAAAUGAACAAAGACUCUGCACCAGAACUCGCCACUGACAUUGGAACCUCAACUGGUAUUGCUGGAGAUUUUAAGGCAGACAGAAGUAAGGGAGGCAAAGUCAAAUUUCCUAAGUUUGGUGUGGCUUUGCCCUCCAUUUCCUCACCUGAGGGGGCCGAUAUUAGUGUAAAACACACUGAUGCAAAAGGUUUUUCUGUGUCAGACCCAGAGAUUGAUUAUGAAGGUCCGAAAAUGCCAAAAGUGACGAAAGCUGUUUUUGUUUUAGUGAACCCUCAGGCAGACAGUUCUAAUGCAUCAAGUGGUUUGUCAGAGGAAGAAGAAGGGGGACAUAUUGAAGAGGGCCAAAUUAAGAUGCCCAAGAUUAAAGUGAAAGGGGGUUUUGGGAAGUCUCGCUUCAAGGGAAACGCAGGGGGUGAAGAGGAGGUGGUGGGAGAUGGGAAGUCAAAAGCUUGCAAACUGAAAAUGCCCAAAGUUGUGCUCUCGCCAGGAAAGUCUGGCUCAUUUGACGUGACCUCCAAAACCUCUGACGCAGGGGGAGAUGAGGUGGCAGGCCUAAACAGUGAAAAAGAUGGUUCGAAAUUCGUCAAGCUGAAAAUGCCAAAACUUCAGUUCACAUCACCCUAUUCAAAAAACACAUCUGAGGAGGAGCACCUUGAGGUGAGCACCAAGUUGGUCAAUAAAGAGUCUGCCAGAGAAAGCAUGGGGAUAUCAGGCAAAACUACAUUUUCAGGCUUCACAAAGAAAACUGAGAAGACAGAGGGAGAGACUGAGGCCACUUUGGUGUACUCUACAGCCAGGACAGAGAUGCUAGCAGAGAGAGAAAGCUCAGAGACUCCUCCGCCCCAGACUUCUUCCACGAGGUUUGUCUCAGUUCAGCAAAUGCAACACGAAUCAUCCAUGGGGUACAGCACAGAACAAGUGUAUGAAAGAGCGGGGCAAACUUGGUAUGAAGUCCCUAAAGGAACCCUAAACCCUAAAGGAACCCUAAACCCUCAAUCUGCUGGACUGCUUCCGAUGACACCUGAGGGUUCCCCAUGUGGCAACAGGUCCUCGCCUCAGCAUUCUGCCGACAUGGCGUCAGGUGGCUUUCAUGUUCAGAUGCCUCGACUGCCGAUGACCUCACAGGGCAGGCUUAAGGAGGAGCUCAUCGUCACGACAGCGAGGGGGUUCUCACAUGACAGCAGGUCCUCACCUCAGCAUUUUGGCGACGAAGCCUCAGGCGGUUUUCGUGUCCAGACGCCUCAACUGCAGUUCACUUCACAAGGCAGGCUAAAGGAGGAGCUCAUCGUCACGACAACUAAGGAGGAAACCAUAACGGUGGUGACAUCAAAGUCAUCGAAACAAACACAGGCAGAGUCUACAGUGGAGUCAACAAUUGAAAAAGGAAGUAGUUCACAAAUAUCUUGGGAUUACUGA